CUGACAUCAUGCAGUGGCCUGGCCACCAUAUCUGAAGUCAGCCGACAAGUCUUUCACCGUCAGGAUCGAAAGCAUUCAAACUAUUACCAUACGGAAACAGUCCACAGCCAUUCUACAGUCAUGACCACGAUGGAAUCUGGUUUGGGAAACCAGGCGGUUCUCACCAAGAUUGACAAACUGCGAGAGUUGAAUGUUGGCGCAAUCAUUCCUCUGCCUCAGCUUGUCGUCGUUGGUGACCAGUCCUCCGGGAAAAGCUCCGUUUUGGAGAGCUUGACAGGAUUCGCCUUUCCUCGUGGCGCAAAGUUGUGUACGCGAUAUGCAACCCAGAUCACCUGUCGGAGGGAGGUUAAGGAGGGCGUAUCGAUUUCCAUUAUUCCCCGACCUGAUGUAGACGAGGCUCUGAAGGCCGAACUGCUCGCCUUCCGCCGUGAUUUACCAACUCUCGACAACGAUAAGCUUGCUGUCAUCUUUGCAGAGGUUAGUAAAAAAAAAAAAGAAAUUUCUUGAAGAUAAUGACCGAACUAAUAUUUGAGCCAGGCAAAUGAUGUUAUGAGAAUCCGAGCGGAUGUAGAUGACCUGGAUAUUGGUCGUGAG